UACCGCCUGAAUGCCGCUGGGAUAGGCUCCGGCACCUCCCCCCUGAGAGGGACAAGCAAUAGAAAAUGGAUGAAUGGAUAAAUGUUCUACUUUGAUAUUUACAAUGAUAAUUUAUUCCCAUUGGUCAGAAUGUAAGAUUAAAUGUAUGACAAACAUUGUGCUUUAUUUUGUAUAUAUUAUAUGAGUGAAAUACCCUGUGAUUUUCCCACUCCCCUUAGAAAUGAAUGGAGCGAAAUCAUGCAGUUUGUUUGGGGUAAGUGGGUGCAAAACUGACUGACUGUUCUCUUAAGAGCACCAGGGGAAUGUCCACCAGAGGCUGCCCGGUAACUGCAGUAACACCAAUUGUCCAGCAGAGAGAGCUAAAGUAAGUACAGUCGUUCAUACUGUCCAGCAGAGAGAAGCAGGUGAGUGUAGUACUACACUUUGUCCACUUGGUUGUGCUAAAAUGCUUGUUGACACUUCUGGGUGAGUCGGACAAUAUAAUUGAAAAAUAAAAUGAAAUAAUGCUAAUAAAAGUAAAUUACUUUUAGAACUAAUAUUCUAUCACUUUGUUUUUCAGUUUUGGAAACGGUUUUUGAGAUUGUAAUGUGUGAUUUUAAACAAAGUAAACUUUUUUUGCCACAUGAUAUCAACCCUGUUCAUCUGUUAGCUCAAGAUCCUUUUACAUUACUACUAUACAAACAUGUUAUUCGGGUACUUAUGAAUAUCAAUAAUCUUACGGAAUAUUUCCUUGAGCUGUCUAGGAAAGAAGUAUAUUCAUUUUGGUAGAAAUUGCAUGUGAAUGCUGAGAAAAUCCAAACUGACACCAAAUAGCACGCGAGCCAGAUGACAAAGUAGUACAAGACGUGACUUUUUAGGUGUAUAUCUGCGAAACGACCUAAAAAUAAAUAAAUAAACACAGCAGGCUAAUGUUAGCGCGCUUCAAUUACCAAAAUACAUGUCUCUGAGGUGUGAAAUUUGCCAAAAAAAACUAGCAUGUUAUAAUGUUGCAUGAUGGGUCAAGUAACAAAAUAUGUGACUGAGGUGAGUACCUGUAAAAUUUGUGGGGGGGGAAAGUUAGCAUGCUUUUGUUAGCUUUUCAACAUUUAACAUGCGUCAUGUCCAAAAUGAAUGACUCGGAUGUGUAAAUUGGCAAAAAGAAAGAAAAAGAAAAAAGCGUGCGAAUAUGAGAAUAUUAGCAUGCUAACAUUAUCAAAGAGCAUUUUGACUUUGGAACAGUCUGAAUAGGCUAAGAAAUGUAUAUUACAUAUAUUUGAUAUUGCUACUAUGGUACAUUUUUAGUCUGCUUUAUACCUGAAUUAUCCUUGAAUGAAUGAAUUAUAUUUAUAUAGCGCUUUUCUCUAGUGACUCAAAGCGCUUCUACAUAGUGAAACCCAGUAUCUAAGUUACAUUUAAAGCAGUGUGGGUGGCACUGGGAGCAGGUGGGUAAAGUGUCUUGCCCAAGGACACAACGGCAGUGACUAGGAUGGCGGAAGCAGGGAUCGAACCUGGAACCUUCAAGUUGCUGGCACGGCCACGCUACCCACCGAGCUAUACCGCCAUAUCCUUUCCAUCCUUACCCUUUUCCAUCCUUUGUAACUGAGCUACUGUGUGGAACAAUUUCCGUUGUGGAUCAUAUGGAACAUUCAAAAUAUAAUCCCAUUCAAUGGGGGGAGGAUUCAGAGAACUUUGGAAAAUGAUUGGCUUGAAUGUCCAGGAUGAGUGGAAUGGUUUGCAUCGAUUCAGGAAUGUUUGGAAAUGUGGACGUUUGAUAUUGUGUCUUUUCAUUUUAAAUGGGGAAAAAUAUGCCUCUAAAAUGGGGAAUUUUGAGAAGAAAAAAAUGGUAACACGGUGGUCAUGAAUGGAGUGAAAAUGUUGAAAGUGGAACUGUUUGAAUAAGAAAAAGGAUGGCAUAAUAUUUACAAUAAUACACGAGUGAAUACAUUUCAGCAUUUACAGAAUUAUUUUUAAACUAGUACUGUCAAACGAUUACAUCUUUUAAACAGAUUCAUCACACAUUUGCAUAUUGAUUAAUCACAGUAAAUUACUUCCUUGCAUAAGUUUAAAUAAAUUUUUAAAAAAUGACCCCAAUAUUUUGACACAAGUCCACAUUUUUUGUCAGAAUGUCAAACAAGAACAACCUACUCAGUGGCCUAGUGGUUAGAGUGUCCGCCCUGAGAUCGGUAGGUCGUGAGUUCAAACCCUGGCCGAGUCAUACCAAAGACUAUAAAAAUGGGACCCAUUACCUCCCUGUUUGGCACUCAGCAUCAAGGGUUGGAAUUGGGGGUUAAAUCACCAAAAAAUGAUUCCCGGGCGCGGCACCGCUGCUGCCCACUGCUGCCCACUGCUCCCCUUACCUCCCAGGGGGUGAACAAGGGGAUGGGUCAAAUGCAGAGUACAACUUUCACCACACCUAGUGUGUGUGUGAUAAUCAUUGGUACUUUAACUUUAAAUGUUUUACUUGAAUGCAUUAAUUUGUUCAAAACUCUUUAACAGCUAUAUCUGAAGUUCCGUCGGGGUAACCAAUUUUUUUCAAUAAGUACCACCUCAGAAAACACUUGGCUCUCCAAGUACCACCAUAAUGACCACCAUUCAAAUACAGUAGCAUAGUAGGCCUAAAUAUUCAUUAAAAACAAAACAGAGGUUUUAUAUUAAAUAUUUUAGCCACUGUAACAUUACAUACAGUUUGAACAGUAACACUGUGUUUGAAUAUUUAAGUGAUUAUUUUUGCAUACCAUUAGAUGGAGGCCGCUUAACACGAGUGGUACAGUUUGACAUUCACUGCCCUACCAUAUCUUUAUUAAGAUAAAGCAGCAUGUGCGGUCAAAAUAAAUUGUGCGAUUAAUCUGUGUUUUUGCAUAAUGUUUUCUGAUGAAUUGCAUGAGAAAUUUUAAACAUUAAUGAGAUGGCUAUAUUUUUUGGCAAAUAUGACCAACACUACAGUACGGUACACUGAUUUUUUCACCCCCAAUAUUUUAAGUUUAAAUAAAGUGUUUGUUAAUUAAAGAAACGUUCUUUCAUGAUUAUGCUAUUAAAUGCUUUUAAGAUACAUACUUACAUACAGACGCAUAUUUGCCUGUGCAUUCAUACAUACAUACAUAUAUAGGUACAUAUUAUUCGCACAUACAUAGUAUAUGUACAUAUGCACGUACAGUAUAUACAUUCACUGUACAAACAUACACAUACUGUACAUACACAUGCACAUAUAUAUACAGUAUAUACACUCAUGCAUACAAUCAUAUUUCAUCAAACAUACAGUGUGGAUGGAUGGAUGGAUGGAUGGAUACAGUGUAUUACCGUUGUUGUUGCCCCUCUCCCUGGGGGGAAACCCAAUUGAAACAUGGCACACUGCUAAAGCUUACCCUGUUUUUUUAACCAUAACAAUGUAUAAGGUUAAUAUAGUCUGCUUCUCAUUCUCCACCCCUGACCCCUUUUGUAAUUCAAGUAUUUAUUACAUUUAUGUAUUGUUGCAUUUGAAGUGAUUGUUUAUUUGUUUAAAAGCACGGUGGAACAGGGGUUAGUGCGUGUGCCUCACAAUACGAAGGUCCUGGGUUCAAUGCUGGGCUCGGGAUCUUUCUGUGUGGAGUUUGCGUGUUCUCCCCGUGACUGCGUGGGUUCCCUCCGGGUACUCCGGCUUCCUCCCACCUCCAAAGACAUGCACCUGGGGAUAGGUUGAUUGGCAACACUAAAUUGGCCCUAGUGUGUGAAUGUAAGUGUGAAUGUCGUCUGUCUGUCCGCGAUGAGGUGGCGACUUGUCCAGGGUGUACCCCGCCUUCCGCCCGGAUGAAAGGGGAGAUAGGCUACCGCAACCCCCCCCCAGGGACCACGAUAGGGACAAGCGGUAGAAAAUGGAUGGAUGGAUCCCCAUUAGUUUCUACACGGUAGCCACUAAUCUUCCUGGGGUCCAUCACACAAGACAAUAAUAACAACAUUGUAAUGUUGAUAAUAGGGGUAAUUAUUAUUAUUUAUUAUCAAUAUUGUUAUUUCUAUUGGCAUUUUAUUGAAAUAUCCCACACUUCUAUUUUAUAAAGCAAAUCUGUACAGCAGAUAUGGGUAUCACCAUGAACAAUAUGUUUUUCUUCAGUGGCUCAACAGGACAUGUUAAAAACAACAACAACAAAAAAUGUUGUGUUUUCAUGGGGCUGAUGGGAUGGCUAUGUUAGGGAGGUGCACCAUCCUGCUAUCAGUUACUUGCACAUGUGCGUGCAUGAGUGCGUGUCAGUAAAAGUAAAUGGUACAGCGCAUAUAGAUGAGCUAUACGUGAAGUUUAGUGCAUUGUCGUCCAAAUAUUGUUCAAGAAUGUUUCUAUUCCUCCUAGUCUGCAUGCUGGGGUCAUGCUUCUGUGGCAAGGAGGGCGGUCCGUCAUUCCUGGGGCGUCCUGAGUUGUUUGGCCCUUCCAAGGCUGUCGUCAAUGAGGUCGUUGACAUUACAUGUCUCCUGUCGGUCUACCCGACGAAUGAAGCCAUCCUAAUGGAGUUGUUCAAGGAGGGGAACCGUAACAAGUUGCUGGGGUUCUACAGUUCCCUCGACGGGGGCAACGCAUCCUUCCCCAUCGUGAUCACAACUUCCCACGAGGGCAACCUGGAGUGUGUGGCCACAGCACAGAACAAUUCUCACUUGCAGCCCGCUGUCAGCUAUACGCACUACCUUCAGGUUAUUGAACCGGUUGCAGGUGCAGAGGUCAUCAUAGAAUCAAGUCAAAAGGAGUUCUUUGAGGGAGGGACACUGAAGCUGAGAUGUACUCUAAAGGCUGGGAAUCAUGUCUCCUACAAGUGGCUCGUAAAUGGUCAGCUGGUCUCAUCGUCUCUCCUUCGCUAUGUGGUACAUGAUCAACUCCUUAUCUACAGAGCCUCCAGUGCAGACAGCGGCUCCUACAUGUGUGUUGCUGCCAACCACUACAGCGCAACAAGAGACUUUGCAUCCAACAGCUCCGAAGUGGUAAUCACAGUCAAAGACGUGGUGUCAAAUCCUGACAUUUCCAUCAGGGUGCUGAAGGAGGAUCCUCACAACUAUUUGGCCGUGGUCACAUGCCAGUCGACCAGAGGGACGCCGCCUGUCACCUUCUCCCUCUACAACAGGACAGAACUGGCUUUCGAAAUGACAGUCGACGAGAGAAAAGCCACGUUUAAGGUCCCCCUGGUUUUAGAGCGACACUUAGGGUGGCUCCAGUGCCAGGCUAACAAUGGUGAUCAGGUUGCAUACAGUACCUGGUUGCCCUUAGAAGUCGUGAGUGUUGCCGGCCCAGUGACGAUGAAGUACGACUACGACAUCGGAGACAACUACGCUGUGACAGGCCUGAGGUUCUAUUGCAAGGCGAGGAAAGGAUCUCACCCGCAGUACAAGUGGUUCCUCAACCAAACUGUCCUGGAAGGCCGAGGAAGCUUCUACUACACGGUCCAUCAGCCGCCAGAACAGUCCAUCCUCCUGCUGUCCGUAGGGAGCAGCAGUGCCGGGAUGUACCGAUGCGAAGUGUCGGACAUUUUCGACAACAGCACUGCCAUCAGCAGCAACAAGCAGUAUUUAGACAAAGACGUGCUGAAUCGUCUCCCGCUCAUUGUGGUGGCCGUUGUCUUUGGAUGCUUCGCUUUCUUGCUUGUCCUUGUCGCCGCUUGUUGUUGGACCGGAGUGUUGUUCAGUGAGGGAGUUUGUCAAAGAUGUGUGAUUUUUAUAUGUCGUAGUGAAGUAACGUUGUUACCUGUUCUUACAGGAAGAAGGCGGAUUGGGGAGAAGUCCAUUGUGGGCCAGAAGAUGGAGACGUUCCAAGCGUGUGAGGAUGAGCUGGUUUGUGACAUUUCUACACCUUUCUCAUCAUAAAUACCAAAUGUCUCAUUGAAAAAAGCUGACCUACAUGUCUUUGUAUGUUUUAAAUCUAAAUGAAUAGACUGGAAUUCCUAAACCACUAUUGUCUCUGCACUAAUUAUACAAAGAAAUUAGGGCACAACCCCUUGAGGCGGGGGUGUCAAACUCAUUUUCAUUGAGGGCCACAUUGCAGUUAUGGUUGCCCUUAGAGGGCCGCUUUUAACAAUGGGUAAUAUAUGAAUAUAUGUAUAUAGUCAAGGUUUCUGUGGUUUAUAUCCGUUAUA